UUUGUUUAGCUAUAUCUAAUUAACUAUUUAAUUGAUUCAUUCACUUCCAUUUUUAAAUUUUGGUGCAUAUAUAUAAAUAUUUGUUUUUAUUUAUUUGAAAAGCAGUAUUAGAGAAAGAGAAGGAGAGAGAGACACUUCAUCCACUGGCUCACUCCCCAAAUAGCUGCAACAGUCAGGGCUGGGCCAUGCCAAAGCCAGGAGCAUGGAGCCUUCUCCCAGUCUCCCGUGUGGGUGCAGGGGUUCCCAGGAUUUGGUCCAUACUCCAUUGCCCUCCUAGGCACACGAGCAGGGAGCUGGAUUUUAAGUGGAGCAGCUGGGUUUUGAACCGGCACCCAUAUGGGAUGCUGGUGUUGCAGAUGGAGUUCCAAACUACUAUGCCACAAUGCUAGUCCCAAUAUUUUUAAAAAUACUUUUGUGAGGCUUUUCUAAAUUUGCAGAGUUACUGAGAUAGAGAAGGAGAGACACACAGAGAGAGAUUUUCCAUCUUCUGGUUCACUCCUCAAGUGCCCACAACGGACAGGGCUGGAGCUUCCUUUGGGUCUCUCAUGUGGGUGCAGGGUCCCAGGCAUUUGGGCCAUCCUCCUCUGCUUUCCCAGGUGCAUUAUCAGGGAGCUGGAUUGGAAGUGGAGCAGCCUGGACUAGAACCAGCACCCAUAUAGGGUGCCAGCAUCACAGGUUGUGGCUUUACCUUCUGUGCUACAACUCUGGCCCUCUGGAUCUCACUCUUGUUUUUGCUUUCUGCCCAUCUCCACAAAUGAAGACAUAGGCAACAAAAACAAUAACAACAGUGCAAAUAUAAAUAUAAAGGAAUCUUCUCUCAAGCUUUCCAUAUCAACAGUGUCUCAUGAAUCAUGGUGUGACACUUGAAAGUCAUAUUGGUCCUAUCAAUUAUACAUCAAUUUUUGUUUCCUACCGAUUUAGCCUUCACACUUGUAUUAUUGCUUCUAUCCACCUCUCUUCUUGGCUGCUUUCAGCACCACAGCCAUCCAGGUUUCUUGACUUCCUGCCUUGAGCAUUCCAACAGCCUUUGGAUAGCUCCUAAACUCCAUUUACUGCUCAUCUUGCUUGUCAGAAAUCUGAAGCACAUGUGUUAUUGCAGUAAUGCCACACGUGCCAUCCUAUAUUUCAGUUUCAAGGCUAUAUAGUAUUAGCCAGUCACCUUUUUCUCUAAUAUUUUGUACUUUGCUCCUACUUUUACCCAUUUAAAGCUUCUUAGCAUUGACACAGAAUGCUCAUAUAUUUGUGAUGCUUUCUAUGUCACAUACCUAUCUAUAAUUCUCUUAUUGAUUGAAUCAGCUUCUCAGCAUGAAAGAGUCCAAUUACAACUCUGAUGCUGUGUGCAAUGAAAAACUAAAAAGUAGUGAGAGCUAUUUAACAAAAUUUUAAUUCAGUUUUACAGAUUUAUCUGAAUUCAGGAAAUUGGUAAAAAACUGGUGACUUUUGACUGCUAUUUGAAUAUAGCUCACUAAUACAGCUCCCGGAAGCCAUUGAUCACUAUGAUGUUCAUAGUUGAGCAGAGCUGGAACUAUUACAUUUGAGAAGAAAUUGUAUGGGUAGUACUCCGCCUUGCAGCAAAGAAUGUUCCAAUGUUUUCAUUCAGUAUAUGAAGAGCAAAAUACAAAUAUAAAGGCAGAGAUUUCCUUACAUGCAUGCUAAUAAUCAGAAUGAUUUAUAAUUUAGAGAUACAUUAUUUCAUUUUAUCCUAGCAAAAUUCAACACAAAUAUUUUUAUUAUCCCUAUUUUAAGGAUGAAGAUAAUGGUAUUGGAAGAUGUUAAUUAGCUUUUUCAUGGCCAUGUAAUUACCUAGUAGUAGUAAAGCCAGAGUUCACAUGCAGAUCUGUUUUACUCAUAUUCACUUGGAAAUACUACAUUUGUAUUCCCUCUACCAAAACUGGUAUCUCUGUGUUUUCAAAAAUUUAAACGUAAAUAGUGGGAGACAUAUUAAAUGCUUUGUGUUGCACUUUUCUCAGGAGGGGUAUAAAGUCAUCAGAAGUGAGUUAAGCACUGUUUACAGUCAUACUCUUCAUCAAAACAAGUUCCCUGGUUACAUGGAAGAUUCACAGAUAGUCCAUUUCUAAUCAAAGGAAGCUGCUUCUACUGGGGAGUGGCAGGAGAAGUGAGAAAACCACAUGGAAGACUCCCAGGAUUUAAAUGAACAAUCAGUAAAGAAAACGUGCACAGAAUCCGAUGUUUCAGAACCUCAGAAUUCCAGGUCUAUGGAAAUGCAGGACCUAGCAAGUCCGCACACUCUUGUUGGAGGUAGUGAUGCUCCUGGUAGCUCCAAGCUGGACAAAUCUAACCUCAGCAGCACCUCAGUCACAACAAAUGGCACAGGAGUAAUAACAAGUAGUGGCUACAGCCCCAGAUCAGCGCAUCAGUAUUCCCCACAGCUGUAUCCUUCCAAGCCCUAUCCACACAUUCUUUCUACACCAGCAGCUCAAACAAUGUCUGCCUAUGCAGGCCAGACUCAGUAUUCGGGGAUGCAGCAGACAACCGUCUACACAGCCUACUCACAGACAGGACAGCCCUACAGCCUGCCCACUUAUGAUUUGGGUGUGAUGUUGCCCGCCAUCAAGACAGAGAGUGGACUUUCCCAGACUCAGGCUCCAUUGCAGAGUGGCUGCCUCAGUUACAGCCCAGGAUUUUCUACUCCACAGCCAGGCCAGACACCAUAUAGUUACCAAAUGCCAGGUUCUAGUUUUGCACCAUCAUCUACUAUUUAUGCAAAUAAUUCAGUUUCCAAUUCAACGAAUUUCAGUGGUUCACAACAGGAUUAUCCAUCCUACACAGCCUUUGGCCAAAACCAGUAUGCACAGUAUUACUCAGCAUCCACAUAUGGAGCGUAUAUGGCAUCAAAUAACACAGCCGAUGGGACAUCAUCAUCAACCUCAACCUAUCAGUUGCAGGAAUCUCUCCCAGGACUGACCAGCCAACCAGGAGAGUUUGAAGCCGUGCAGAGCCCUUCCACACCUAUCAAAGAUCUGGAUGAGAGAACAUGUAGGAGUUCUGGGUCAAAGUCCCGAGGAAGAGGCCGGAAAAAUAAUCCUUCCCCACCUCCGGAUAGUGACCUGGAGCGUGUUUUUGUCUGGGACUUGGAUGAAACCAUCAUUGUCUUUCACUCACUGCUCACAGGGUCUUAUGCACAGAAGUAUGGCAAGGAUCCUCCUAUGGCUGUGACCCUUGGACUCCGAAUGGAGGAAAUGAUUUUUAAUCUUGCUGAUACACAUUUGUUUUUUAAUGACUUAGAGGAAUGUGAUCAAGUUCAUAUAGAUGAUGUUUCCUCAGAUGAUAAUGGGCAGGACUUAAGUACCUACAGUUUUGCAACUGAUGGCUUCCAUGCAGCUGCAAGUAGUGCAAACCUUUGUUUGCCAACAGGUGUAAGAGGAGGGGUUGACUGGAUGAGGAAGUUGGCUUUUCGUUACAGAAGAGUGAAAGAAUUAUAUAAUACCUACAAGAACAAUGUUGGAGGACUCCUUGGCCCUGCCAAGAGGGAUGCAUGGCUGCAGUUAAGGGCAGAGAUUGAAGGUCUGACAGAUUCCUGGCUAACAAAUGCACUUAAGUCUUUAUCAAUUAUUAGUACUAGGAGUAACUGUGUAAAUGUCUUGGUAACGACAACCCAGCUGAUCCCAGCACUUGCAAAGGUUCUGCUCUACAGUUUAGGAGGUGCUUUCCCCAUCGAGAAUAUUUACAGUGCAACGAAAAUAGGAAAAGAAAGUUGCUUUGAACGAAUAAUGCAAAGGUUUGGCAGAAAAGUAGUAUAUGUUGUAAUUGGGGAUGGUGUAGAAGAAGAACAGGCAGCAAAAAAGCACAACAUGCCCUUUUGGAGGAUAUCAAGUCACUCAGACCUCUUGGCUCUGCAUCAAGCACUGGAAUUAGAGUAUUUGUAACUGUGUUCUCUAACUGGAGACCCAUUUUUUAUAUUUCAACUACACUGAAUUUUUAUGUGUGAUUCAAUGCCUCUGGCUCUACACAUAUAAAUUGUCUUAAAGGAUGAAAUCAUAUUUGGAAUGAAAAUUCCAGAAUGAAGAAUUCAGAUUGCUGAAUGGAAUUAAACUUUAGUGCUACAGAAAGAAAACUCUAUGGUCUUAUAUUUACAACAUUUUAAUGUUUUUUUUUUUUUUUGAAAAAAAAAAUUGUGGUGGUUGCUGGGACAAACCAAAUGAGUCCUAACUGGAAUUAACAGCUUUAGCAAAGAACUCUUACCCUGCAGAGCAGCAACUUCCAAGCUCAUCUGACAAGGUGGUCAACAACAUUCCUCACAAUGGGAAAUCUUCUCAGCCCUGAGGUUUGAAACUGACUUUAGCCUACCUAGCCCAGAAAAUCUGAAUUGGAAUGCACUCAGACUGUAUAAGGACAGUCCUAUCCAGACCUGUAAUUUUGUGUAAAUUAUUGAUGAAAAUAAUUUACUGUGACUUUAUUAACAGCUGACUUUGAAAGUGGAUGCAAUUUUUCUUUCAUUUGUUGGGGAGGGCAGAGGGAUGGGGUAAGGGGAUAUAAUAUUGUCUCUUUUUUAAGUUUGGCAAACAGAAUGUUCAUACUGAUGUGUUGUGCCUUAAAGACAAGACAACGUCUGUGUGUUACAAUGUAACUUUGGUUAAAAUCUCUGUAGAUAAUGGAAACCAAAAACAUUUGUUAUAAUUUUAUCAUGACCAAAUUUAAAAUUCAAGCUAUCAAAGCCUAAUGACAACAUCAGCAAGGAACUGAGCAUUUGUUGCAAUAAGAAAACAAUAAUAAUAAAGAAAACUUGUGUUUUAUUUCGGUUCUUAAUAAUUCCAAUAAUUGUAUAAGGCAUCUAUUUGUCCAUCCAACCAUAAGCAGAAGGUUUGGGAAAGACUAUGGGACCUUUACUUAGAAAGUGAAAUGUAUGUUGAAGUCUCAAGUACCCCUUUCUGCAGUUUUACUGGAAAACUAAGAGCCAUAUUCAUGACAACUUGCACUGUUUUGAGUGAGACUUUUUGAGAUGUUUAAGUUGCCUAGAGGAAGUUAUUAUCAUACAGAUCAUAAAUAAUUACCAUACACAAUUUUUAGAAUAUGCCAUGGAUAUGGCUUAAAAUAAGGCUGUGUUUGUUCCCAAUGCUGUUGCAAAAAUGUCAUCACUAGUAGAUGGUAGAUGCCCUGGAUGGCUUGUAAGAAAAGAAGUGAGUCUAUGAAAAUUUUAACUAGAAUAUCAUCAUAAAUUAAAUUAGCAAGUGUGUUGGAUCUUGGCAGCAAUAUCGAAAUGACAACAGUAAAACAGUACCUGUGUACCUGUUUCUUCAUCUUAACACAUCAAUCCAUUACAGACUUGUGUAUCUUAGCUUCUGCCUGUACUGUCAUUGCACAAUGGACUGCAUUAAUGGCGAGGAGAACCUGUCAUCGCUGUGUUUGCAUGCCCCCCUCCCCGUUGGUGCGUAGCCCAUGUUGGGAACACGAUACAGGUUCUUCUGUCAUUUUCUAUGACGUCAUUUCCCUUGUGGACAUUUCAGACUUAAAGAUCUCAAGUGUUUUACUGAUGUCUGCAUCUGCAGUUCUUUGUUUAAAAUGUCAUUAUAUGGAUUGUGGAGGCCUGCUACAUCAUGCCCCUAACUGGUAUGGCUGUUGAUGGCUCAAGGAUGGUUUAUCAGUUGUUGGUCCAAUGGCUUCAGUAAGGUUCACACUUUGUGCAAAAAUCACAAAAUUCACCAUGGAAAUAUGAGUUUAUUUUAUCAGGCUCAAAACUUUUGUUUCCUUACUAAAUGCUAAGGUCAUGUUUACUUUGGGCAGAAAGAUACUGAGAUCUCAAUUUUGCAUAAACUUCAACGUGUUUUUUAAAUGUUGUAAGCUUUAGGCUAUCUCUUCCCCAAGUAUUGUUGCAGGUAAAUUAAGAUUGGAAUACUUUUGAUAGUAAUAAUAAUAUUAAAUCAUGUUAUACUUCUGUUGGCCUCUAGUUUGAACAUAUAUGAUUUAAAACGUUAAAGAAUUACAUUGAUUAUCAGUACUUGAUUGUUUUAUGCAUUAAAGUUUAUAUAUUUAUUACUGUGAAUAAAACAAAAUUAACUUUACUAUGUAGCCAGUUUCUUUAAAUGAUAGAAUUGUGGCAUCACAUCUAAAUUUUUAAUUCUUUUUCUUAUCAGAUAAGCAAGGCCUCUUAUGCUGCUAAACCUGCAGGUGCAGAAAGAAACAUCCUGUCAAAGGGCAAGGCAAGGCUGGCUGAUGCAUCACUCGAUGCUCUCUCUCUCCCACAACUUUCUUCAUUUUUGAUUAUGUGUUCAAAAGAGAUGGCCAGCAUAGAACCUAAAUGCUAGGUUGAUGGAAAAAAGCUUGUCUGGCACAAGAGUGGUGCAGGCCCAUAGGCCAACAUCACAACUUAGUCCCCUGGUCCUGUGACUUUGAGCAAGCUCAAAUAGAAUUCUUCGCUUCCCACAUUAGGAACAAAAGCUCUUCCUUUCUGAUCUGAAAAACAAAAAGUAAAAGUAAACCAAUGAAUAAAAAAGCUGCCCCUUUGGCAAUUCUCACAUUCUAUUUUCACAUAGAAUAUUGUGCCUUAUUAUAAAACAGUUUGAAAAAUAUUCUAUAACUAAAAUAAGUUUUCGACUACUAUCACUACAAACUGAGAACGAUAACUACCUUGUAUUGCACCUUAAAAAUAUCCAGACCAUGCAGUUUUAGUAAUAAAGUAGUUGACUUGCUACAACAUUAUGCAUAAGAGUAUGACACCCUACAAAACUGUGUAAAUCAAAUUCAGAGGCAAAAAAAAGUAUUUUCGAAUUAUGCAGUUUGUGCACAAAAAGUAGGUAAUAACUCUGUAUAAAAAUGUUUUUCUCUUAGUCUCUGGUGAGCUAAGAUCCAAAAUAGUGUCAACAGCAUGUUCCUGUAUGAAGUUGUUUUUGAAACACAUUUGUUUUUGACAAGCCUACAUUCUCAGUGAAUACAGCGUUAGGUGUUUGUUUGAAAAACAAACUUAAGCAUCAUGAGCCAAAGUUGCAUUUUGACUCCCACCCAUGGUAGCAUUAUGGAACUCUCACCACGUCAAGGGUUUCUGUUAUGUAUUAGUAAAGUGUAGAUUAUCGGGGCCUACAUAAUUUAAAGAAAUGUAAAUUAAUAAUAAAAGCUUGUAAAAAUAUGUACAUCUUUACUAUUUCUCAAUAAAUACCUUUGCAAAUGUUUUCAUUUUCUUCGCCCUCA